AUGAACGGAAAUUCGGGAAAACGCGAUAUCAAAAACCACCUCUUGUUCGAGAUCGCAACAGAGGUUGCGAAUCGAGUUGGUGGUAUUUACUCGGUCCUCAAAUCCAAAGCUCCUGUCACUACGGCAGAAUAUGGCGACCGAUAUACACUUAUUGGACCACUCAACAAGAACUCGGCUGCGGUCGAAGUCGAGCCUCUCGAACCCCCGGCCGGUCCUCUGCGAGACACAAUCUCCUCCAUGCAAGAGCGUGGUAUUGAGGUCAUGUAUGGUCGAUGGCUGAUCGAAGGUGCACCAAGAGUCCUCCUCAUCAACACCGGCACUGGUUACCGAUGGCUCGAUGAAUGGAAGGGUGAUUUAUGGGCUGCUGCUGGUAUUCCAUCGCCAGACAGUGACUCUGAGACCAAUGAAGCAAUCGUUUUCGGUUACUUGGUGGCCUGGUUUCUGGGCGAGUUCAUCGCCCGCGAAACGGAUCGGGCAGUCAUCGCACACUUCCAUGAAUGGCUUGCUGGAGUGGCACUGCCUCUGACAAAGAAGCGCCAAAUGGACCUGACCACCAUUUUCACCACCCACGCUACUCUGCUCGGUCGAUACCUCUGCGCGGGUUCCGUGGAUUUCUACAACAAUCUACAAUACUUUGACGUCGAUGCAGAGGCCGGAAAACGCGGCAUCUAUCACAGGUACUGCAUCGAGAGAGCAGCCGCUCACUCAUCAGAUGUCUUCACUACCGUUUCUCACAUCACCGCGUUUGAGAGUGAGCAUCUGCUAAAGCGGAAGCCCGACGGUGUCCUGCCUAAUGGACUGAAUGUCAAAAAGUUCUCGGCCGUCCACGAGUUCCAGAAUCUUCAUUCCGUCCAGAAAGAAAAGAUCCACGAAUUCGUCCGAGGUCACUUCUACGGUCACCUGGACUUCGACCUUGAAAAUACCCUGUAUAUCUUCACCGCAGGGCGAUACGAAUACAGAAACAAAGGCGUGGAUAUGUUCAUUGAAUCCCUUGCUCGGUUGAAUCACCGAAUGAAAACAACCGGGUCCAAAACGACCAUCGUGGCUUUCAUGAUCAUGCCUGCUCAAACCACCUCGCUUUCAGUAGAAUCUCUCAAGGGGCAGGCUGUGACCAAGUCCUUGGCUGAUACAGUCGCCAACAUUGAGCAUGGAAUUGGACGAAGACUAUUUGAACGAUCCGUCCACUGGAAAGAAGGGGACCCACUUCCGGAUGAGAAGGAGCUCAUCACUCCGGCAGACCGCGUGCUGCUUCGCCGCCGGCUUUUCGCCAUGAAACGGCACGGCCUUCCCCCUAUCGUUACUCACAACAUGGUCAAUGACUCCGAAGAUCCAGUUCUCAGCCAGCUCAGACGAGUACAGCUGUUCAAUCAUCCAUCUGACCGUGUCAAGGUCAUCUUCCACCCCGAGUUCCUCAAUUCUGCCAACCCGGUUUUGUCUCUGGAUUAUGACGAUUUCGUACGUGGAACGCAUCUGGGAGUCUUCGCAUCUUACUAUGAGCCCUGGGGCUAUACUCCAGCAGAAUGCACGGUGAUGGGUGUCCCAUCCAUUACUACCAAUCUGUCAGGAUUCGGUUGCUAUAUGGAAGAGCUCAUCGAAAACUCCUCCGACUAUGGUAUCUACAUUGUCGACCGUCGUACAAAGGGUGUGGAUGACUCAGUCAACCAAUUGACCGACUACAUGUUUGAUUUUGCCAACAAGAGUCGGAGACAACGAAUCAAUCAGAGAAAUCGUACCGAGAGACUGAGUGAUCUUCUCGAUUGGAAGCGUAUGGGCAUGGAGUAUGUCAAAGCCCGCCAACUAGCCCUUCGACGUGCGUACCCCGACUCUUUCACCGAUACCGACGAAUUCGACGAUAUCAUUGGUGGCACUGAGCAGAAAAUUUCGAGACCCUUGUCUGUUCCAGGAUCCCCUCGUGACCGAUCUGGAAUGAUGACCCCAGGCGACUUUGCAUCUUUACAGGAAGGUAAAGAAGGUCUAAGCACAGAGGAUUAUAUUGCAUGGAGACUGCCGGAGGAAGAAGAGCCUGAUGACUACCCCUUCCCUCUGACUCUCAAGACCAAGAAAGGCUCAGGUCCAAACUCACCAGCACCUCUUGUCGGUGGCUUGAAUGGAUCGUGA